UCUUAGUCUUGGAACAAUUCGCCAAUUAACAUUUCAAUUAACCAUAUAUUUAAAGUCGAUUUUAAAUAAAUUGCCUUUAAAAUAAAGCAAUAAAUAUGUCAGAACAUGAUAUUAACGGUACCGAAGAUGAGAUCCAGGAUAAAAAACAGAAAAAGCAGACCAAGCACGACGGUGGAGCAGCCGAUUUAGAACGUGUUACUGAUUAUGCCGAAGAAAAGGAAAUAUCCACUGCUGAUAUAUCUAGUGCGGUGGAGCAAUUUGGUAAUCAGCGCCAAAAAGAAGAUGAGUUAAAAGUAGCCAAAGAAAAGGAACUACAGAAAGUCCAAGUGAAAAAAGAAGAUAUUGAACUUAUUAUGAAUGAAAUGUUGAUAACGAAAAUUCAAGCGGAGAAGGUAUUGCGUGAACAGAGAGGUGAUGUGGUGGCUGCUUUGGAAGCUAUCAUUGCUAGUUAAAUUUAUAGUGUAAUAAAUUUUAAUUAUUAUUUUUCUUUUUUUAAUUAAAUAGACUUUCUUAUCUUAAAA